CCUCCGUCACCGGAGGCAGAGAUGGGAGGAGAGGCAAGCGGCUCAGGCAGUGAGGCAGGGCAGCCCUGCUGCAUUUCCCAGGCUGCUCUCUGCGAUGCAGGCAGCAAGGCUGGGGAGAGGAAAGAGGCCCCACCUCCAGCAGCUCUGCAGCUGCUCCGCUGGACACAAAAGGGUGAGACAUACAGGCACGCUCUCAUGGUCUGCUCUGCACCAGGCCCCCUCGUCCCCUACGCAGGGCCCCAAGCGGCUGUUCCUGCCGGGGACGGCUGCCCUCCAGCCCUGCUCACCCAUGCUCACCCAGCAAGGUCAUUUGCAUCGAGGGCCCCGGUGGUGGAAGGACCUUAGAGAGGGCUGUGCCUGAUGCAGACGUGGAGCAUGGCAAGCCCGGUGUGACACAGCUGGCCAGAUCAGGAAUACCCCUGUGGCAGCUUGGAGGAGAGGACAGGGAGCCUGCACACACCGUGUGGGAGGGAGGCUGACGGCAACACCGAUGAGGAGGAGGAAGCCGAGGAAUGCGACCACAGCGGUUUGGGGAAUGGCUCGCCAAAGAACGGCAAGAGGGAGAAUGCACCCGAGGAGCUGCCAUGCCGGGAAGGCGAGGUCUUCUACGAGACCUUCACCCUCAUCAACGCCAAUGGCGUGGCCAAAAAGCUGAACCUGCUGGUGAGCCUCCAUGCCCCGGGCGGCGAGCCCAGCUGUGGAGAGCCGCCAUGCCCAUGGUGCCCGCCCCGGGUGGUGAGUGGGGAUGCGGGGGCCUGUGCCUGGGGGCUGCCCGGCCCCAAACCGUUCGUGGACACCAUGGUGACUUUGGAGAGUGACUUCGAGGAGGCAUCCGGAGACAGCCUCUCUGGCCAGGUGGCCUUCUUGAGCACGGAGACCAGCCAGCCCACAGAGAGGCCCGCGGCACUCGGGGAGACCCGAGGGGUGGCUGGCAUCACCCGGAGCAGGCCGGGGUCCGCAGAGGAGGAGCGGCCCUACAAGUGCCUGCAGUGCAGAUGGGCCUUCAAGAAGUCCAGCAACCUGCUGAGCCAUGUGGAGACGCACAGCGGGGCCAAGCCCUACGCCUGCGAGCUCUGCAGCAAGGCCUACUCGCACCAGGGCACGCUGCAGCAGCACCGCCGGCUGCACACGGGCGAGCGGCCCUACAAGUGCCCCUUCUGCGUCAAGGCCUACACCUGGUUCUCGGACCACCGCAAGCACAUCCGGACCCACACAGGCAAGAAGCCCUACCGGUGCGCCGAGCGCAGGAAGGCCUUCGUGCGCUCCUCCGACCUCCGCAAGCACCAGCGCAACAUGCACUGCAACGACAAGCCCUUCCCCUGCCCCGAGUGCGGGCGCACCUUCAACAAGCCCCUCUCCCUGCUCCGCCACCAGCGGAGCCACUUAGGGGCCACGCCGUUCCCCUGCCCCCACUGCGGGAAGGCCUUCGCCGUGGCCAGCCGCAUGGUGGAGCACCAGUGAGUCCACACCGGCGAGCGGCCCUUCGCCUGCGCUGUCUGCGGCAAGGCCUUCGCCAAGUCCUCCAACCUCUUCGAGCACCAGACACUGCACACGGGCGAGCGCCCCUACAAGUGCCCCGAGUGCGGCACGGCCUUCGCCCAGUCCUCCCGCCUCGCCCGCCACCGCCGCACCCACACCGGCGAGCGCCCCUUCGCCUGCGCCCGCUGCGGACGGGCCUUCGCCCGGGCGGCCACGCUCAAGCAGCACCAGCAGGUCCACGGUGGGGAGGGGGCCCACGGCGGGCCGGCGCACCAGCCCGCCGCCCACCGCCACCUCCACCAGGCCCCUGGCAAAGGGCAGCCCCGCGAGUGACUCCGCCGGCAGCCCCUCGGUGCCCACCGAGCCCUCGAUCUGGGCUGCCGCGGGUGAGCGGGUGCAGGAGGAGGAAAACCCAGCUGGGGGACCAGCAAGCAGCCAUACUCCCCAGUGGCAUCUGCAGCGGGCAAGGAGGAGGCAGGGAAACUUUUACACCCUCCGCUGUCUUCCCAGGAGAGCCCCUUUCCAAAGCAGAACUGCACUAAGUGUUUUUACUGCAAUAAGCUGCUUUCUGAGACUAAGAACAGGGACUAGACAGUUGGUAAAAACAGCUUUUCUCAAGUACCUGAUAUCUGAGGCAAUUAAAAAAAAAUUAAACUCACAUUUCUAACUUGCCAAGUGAGAGAAAUGUGCAAUGGUGAAACAAUUAAAAGUUAGUGCUGAGAACAUGCUGUUCUUACCAGUUUGUUGCAAAGAACAAAAGGACAAAAAGCAUCUCGGGCCUUCUUUUUUCUUUUUUGGAUAAUUAAUCAAUAGUUAUUGCUGCCUCCCCAAACGUUGGAGCCCAAAGGUUUUCCAAAUGAGGGCAUAGAUAUUUAGUGGUCAGUGUCCGGCUUAUCAAGCCUCACUAGUGACAAACAACAUUUCGCCAGUCAGAUCCCCUGCUCAGUUACUCACACGAAGUGCUCAGAGCUUCCUGUUUUGGUUUACAAAACUUACCUGAAGGGUCUUUUCAGCGCUUGCCAGGAGCGGCCCCAUGACGCAGCUGCAGUCCCAUCCCAAGCUGGCUCUCACGGUUGGCACCCCCCGGUUCCCCCAUAGCACUGAUGUGCUACGGCGGCUGGGGCCAAGGCUCUCGUAGGCCAGGGAGGCAUUUGGCUGAGCGGGACCCAGUUCAGGCGCACCCUUGUGCUGCUGGGGCUCGUGCUAGUGUCUCUCAUGCUGAGCGAAGCUGAGGAUGCCCUGGGCUGGCAUCCAGCACUGCCCUUCUGGAAGGGAGCAAAGGGCGUAUUUUAGGAUGAGCAUCCCCUUUCCACACAGCAUGAGCAGGUGAGGGGCAAAGCCCAAAACGGUAGUGGGUUUAUGUUGCUCCAGCCUCUGUAUUGCUCUGCUUCAUCUUCUCAUCUUCUCCUACCUGUAAGCUCUCCUAGGAAGGGUUUUGGGGUCAGCCUGGAAAAGAAAGGCAAGGGCAUGCCAAGCUGACUCCAGUCAUUUCCACUGGUAGGGGUGGGGGUCAUGCUUCACAGGUCUGUGCACAGCCAGGAAAACCUUUACAACACAAGACAGAUAAGUUGCUUAAAACUCUUCCUCAAGGGAGUCUGCUGAUGAGGGAAGCAAAAAAACAAUUAGAGCCAACUGUGAACUAAAAAAGGAAAGGUCAAAAGGCAGGACAGUUCACAAGGCACUCAGCAUCACUCAGUCACUCAAUCAGACUCUGCACUGGAAAUUACUAAAAUCCCCCCAGGUUUCCUUUCCCCUUUUGAGAGUAUAGAUAAAACAGAUCGAAUCAGGCUUUUUCUUGCUCAGAGCUGGCUGUCUUCCAAAGCAGGUCUUGGACCUUCUUCCCUUAGUGGGUCAGACCUUUGCAAUAAUAUUGCUGCUCACGUUAUACCCCUGUUCUUUGGGAGGAUGUCCUGCAUAGCUUGGAUGUUGCUUGUGGAUUUUUCAUUGUCCUUCACAGUGGUGAAAACCUGCUGUAGAUCUGAGCCCAGGUCCCAGACUACCAGACUGUGCUGUGCUAUUGAAAGCAUGUAAACAGAUCUGUAAGUGAUAUAUAAAUGUGCUUGUAUUGAAUAGUAUAGCAGCUGCCAAGGACUGACCAGGCUAGCGAGAGUCUACCUUUAUUUUUCACUAUUGCAAUGUUUACUAUUUGUGAUCAUUACAAAUUGGAUGCUGUGUUAUACUAUGUGAACGGAGUAGGAAAUAAUGUAUUUAAAAUUGGGGAUAUUGCUUUGUGUUCACAUAAACUCCCCAAUUCUGGAGCUAUUUUAAAGCUGCUGUUACGUCUCAAGUGAAUACACUGGAAAUAAAUACUCUAUAUCUAC